AUGGAGGUUCAGUGGAUCCCCUGGAUACGCGACCAGCGAUGCCCAUCGUAGACAGGCAAGGAAAAACGUUGUUCUGGGCAACCCUUGCUCUGAUCUUCACGCUGCUCCACUCCUGCCGGGGCGGCUUCCAUGGUGGCGGAGGUGGUGGCCUCAUUAUCCUGACCACGGGAGGUGGCCAUGGAGGCGGCUUUGGUGGUGGCUUCGGUGGCGGCUUCGGCGGCGGUUUCGGCGGUGGCUUCGGCGGUGGCUUCGGUGGUGGCCACGGAGACACAUAUGUGUCGGGUCCUUCCUACGUAGUCAAUACAAUACAUCGCGUGAGCAAGGUUGGCCAUGGCGGACACGUCCUGGGUCAAGUUGGACCCUGGAAGCCCUGGUGGUAGUUCUACUUCGAUCCGCAGAAAGCAGCUGCCAGCACCACAUGCGUUCCUGCUGGUCACAUUUGUCGUCGUGAAUGGAAGAGUGAAAGAACACUUGUCAACAUUCAUGUGCACCUACAAGAAGAAGUAACCACGUGCGAUCUCCGCUUGUGUGCCUCUUCAUGCAGUGACGUUUGUUGCGAAUUUUCUUUGUUCUCUAAGAUUCAAAAAUUGCAAGUAAGAUAAAUUAUUCAGGCAGUCAACCUCACCAGAUAUGCCAUUUACCCACAUGCAGUAAACACUCGCGUCUCCAUUUAGCAUUUAGCAUUCAGUCAGUGUUAUUUCGGCACGUCACUCAGUCGCUACGCAUCACACAUAUUCAACUGCACUGCCGUGCCCCCAUUCCUAAUACUUUGCAAAUAGAUUUUCCAUUACACCUUUUCUCAUACUUAUCUACAGCACGCGGACGGUCGCUCUUCCGCCACAUUUCAAAUCGAGCCGGCUAUAGGUUUACAAUACCACUUCAUAUGUUGUUGUGCAUAUCUGUUCUAAUCAAUGCAAAAUGAAAACAAAUAAGAGUUCUGAAAUAUAUUUGAAUGUACUUGUGGAAACUGACGCCAGAACGACAAAAUUUGCUUUCUAGUGUGUCCACCUUCCAAAGCUGGCGAUCUCAGUGCACUAGUAAGUUCAUGCUCUUGGGGCCGGUCACUGAAAGCCAAGUAACGAGUGAGCGUGAUAUAUGAGCACUCAAUAAAGGCGAUUGGCAACAACUGUCGCUGACUGAAAUAUUUGCGUUUUUUCGUUGUGCCUUUCUUAUCGCAGUUCUAAUAGCGUUUGAUCGGAUCUGGAGCAUCACAUUCCGCGCCUACUUUACUUGGUCAGAAUAACACAAUCGUGCCGUGCCAUAUUCCUCUCUUUUCCUUGUUUCUUUUUUUAUUCUUUUUGGAUAAGCAAAGGAUUCUCCAUGUACUCCGUUGUCACAUAUUUUUUUUUUUUUUUUUGGGGGGGGGAAGAGCUCUCGUCGUGAAUUCUGCUAAUUCGGGCACAAAUAUGCUCCGACCCAGAUAAAAUCAAAAGGUGAGUUAGAGCUUUAUUUAACACGAUCCAAAAUUAGAAUUGUCCCAGUGGCUGCUGUUCGCAUGGAAACUUCCUCCGCGCUCCUGCUAGUAGUAAUCGUAAUGCUGUCGUUCAUGGUAGCAAGACGAUAAACUACAUGCCCUGUUUAGCGCAAGAAAGGCGUAUGAACAAGCCAAAGGGAGUUCUUUGAUAGAACAUAAUAGCCAGGCAGAGUCUCAAUUGCUGUUAGUGAAAAAUGUGCAAUAAAUUUUUUUGUGUGUGUUUUGAUGUAUUGCCUCAGCUUUUGCAAAUAAAUUUGAUUAUGAAGCGCAUAA